AUGGCGGAGGCGGCCGCGCGUCGGCGCUCUUUCACCGACGCCGACGAGGCACGGAUGUUUCGCUCCCUCCAGAACGUCACCGGCGGCCACGCCACCGUCCAGCGGCUCGGCGGGCCACACUCGGCCGCUCCACUCCUUUACGAGCGAGAGAGGGCGCCGCCUGGGCUGCCGACCCAGUCGUCGGACGAGAAGAAAGCUGCCCUCGCAGCGCAAAAUGCGCGGGCGGGGAAGUCCGAGAGCGAGGCUGCCGAGGAGAAGUUAUCGGAUGAGGCGGCGGUGGCAGCGGCCCGCGCAGCCAGGGCGAGGCCGGCGGGCGUCGCGUCGGAGGAGCAGCAAGCAGCGGGGCUACGUGCCCAAAUCGCGGACGAGAUUGCAGAACGGCAGCACUUUCUCGACGAGAUGGCUGCGCUGGGCAGAGGGGACAAGAGUCUCUUGGCUCAGCUACGCGGGGAAAUUGCUGAGAGGGUUAGGGAUCUGGCGCGGUUGGAUGCGAUGUGCCUCUAG